AUGGACGAGAGCUUGAGCUUUACACCGGCAAGGCCGAUGAGCCCACUCCAGACAUCAACGCCAGCCCGCGUCAACCAACGCCGCGACUCCGAAAUGACGCCAACGCCGUUCAGAACCGACGGCUACGACAGUCCAGUAUUAGAAAAGAUCAGCCAAUUCAACAACAUGUCCGGGCAAUCGAGGCAGCUGGAGCGCAGAGCAAACGACGCGCUCAGGAGGGCUGUUGUCGGACGAGAAGAGGCUGAAAUGGAAAUGAGGCGUUUGAGAGAUGAAAUUAAACAGCUUCAAAGUACCGUCGAACAAGGCAAAGAAAGAGAACGCAAAGUUGGCGAGCGGCUAGAAACAGUCAUGGACAGCUACGGUCGUGCAAAGGAGACACAUGCACACACUCAGGCCCUUUGGGAAAAGGAGAUUCGACGAGCGAGAAAGGAAAAUUUCAAGUCGCAGUCGAUAAUAGUCAAACUACAAGAGGAGCUCAAGACUGCUCGCACAGCAGUCAAGAUCAACGAAGAGUGCCUAGCGCGCGAAAAGGAGCGCGGCCAAGCACGCGAUCAAGAGGCCUUUACUGCCCGUUACCAAAUAGUAGGAGUUCAGGAACAACUCGACCAAGCUCUUGAGCGCGUGAAAGUGGUUGAGCAAGAGCGAGAUGCCUACAAAACUGCUGCCAAAAACGAGGAGGUUGCACGCAUUGCCGCCGAGGGCCGACUGCCUCUGCCCUGUGAGGACGAUGACGAGCUGUCGUCACCAAACCAGGUUCAGAAAAAGCGCAAGCGUGAUUCCGCCGACGAUAGUCGCCGUGUUUCUCUCUCUACCAUGGAGCUGACUGGUUCUGCCGCUACCGACAUGGAAAUAGAAGAGCUUGCGUUGCAAGUUGCUUGGGAGAGGCAUAGAGCUGAGCGAGCGCAGGAAAUGGUUGAAUUCUUACAGGCUGAAUGCCGUAUGCAUUCCUGCUCCCGGACGCGUGAGAAUCGCCAAGUGACGCCACAAAAGAGCAGCGAGCCAGUAGAAUCGAUAACACCAGCCGACAUCACCGCGGUAGUUGUUUCAGAUGUCAACCAUACUGCUACCGCCAUCCCUACUACUACUACCACCGACGACUUGAUCAAGAAGGAACCUUCACCCGAAGCUGCAAACCCUCUCGAGCCUACCAUUCACAAAUCUAUCGUUCGCGAAUCCACCAUUGACGAGCCUGAACCAAUGAUUGACGUUCAGAUGACACCUGAAAUACAAGAGAAUCAGCAGCAAAGCCCACGCCACGCAAGCGCGGAUGUACAGGAAGCAAUGGAUGAAGAUCAGCCCAAGGAGGAAUCUGAGAGCAAGGCUGAGAUGCAACCAGAAGACAUUCUCGCAGUCGAAAACCACGAGCCUACGAUUGAAUGCCCUGUUAUGGAGGAUUUCCAGCAGCAAAUCGAAGCAUCCCAGGAACUCGAGUCAACGAUGCAAGAGCCGCAGCUUGAGGUCGAAAAGUACGCUGAUGAGGCUACUGCGCCGCCUGCUGACGCGGUUCCGGAGCUUGAGCCCGAGUUUGUUGUUGAACAAGAUGAUAAAGGCCACCACGACUUCGACUCCGAGGAGCGCCGAGAGUCGCUUCCUGAACCCGAAUCUCUCGGUGAGCAUCAUCUUAUCAUCGUCAGAUCGAAGAAAGAGCGAACCAGCACCAUAUUUUGCGCCAAAGAGGGCGUUUUUCGUACCGUUUCGGAGCAGGAAGCUGAGGCCGCGGCUUUGGAAGAGCGAUUCCAAACGGAAGCUGUUACUCAGGAGAAUCAUGAUAAUGUUGACAUUCUUCUCCCUGAUGCAAUCGAAGAUGCGAAAGACUCUCGCAUUUAUGCUAGGACUCCGUCAGUAGAGCCACCCGCAUGCGCCAUCAUGUCGAGAGACCGUAUCGCGCGAGACCGCACUUCUCUUCAGUCUCUGCUGAGCGCGCCUCACAGUGAGGAAGAGCCAACGCUUCCCAAGUCUUUCAACAUUCCGACGGUGGAAGACUUUGAGCCCAGGGCCAAAAUCAGUAAUGCGGGUGACUCUGAGGAAGCUGUUGUAGAUGAAGAUGACGAAGUCUGCCACAUACGAGGCUCGCCUACGCCGACGAUGUACUCGUCGACGAGUCGAUUCAAGGUGACAACAACGACUGUGCCCGUGCGCGAUGAAGGUUCGCAGCAUAACUCAUCGUUUAUCGAGAAGCUUCGAACUCCCUCUACAAGCAGUAGCGCUAGCUUUGAUCUCACGGAUCCAGCUCUCACGCCAACCAUGACGCGCGAGCAAGCGCUCGCCAAAAUUCGAGAGAGGAGAGGACGCGCGCGGAGCAUUGCACAGGCGACUGCGGUGCCACCUAAGAAGCUGGCGCCGACGGGCGCAAAGCGCGACAUUAGCUCGUCAUCCGCCAAGGCACCUCUCAGCAAAACCACGCCCAAAACUAUUUCCAAAACGACGACAACGGCAACACGAACCAGACCAGCGGCCAAGCCUGCAACAAGGGCAGAACGGGAUGCUUGGCGCGUCAUGGAGUUUUCGAUAAUUGGUGUCAUUGGGUCAUUGCGGAAUGGGCUGAAAAAGGCAAGCAAGGAGGCUGUCGGUCGCGGCGCUGCCGGUAACCCGCCCAGCCUCCCCGGACUCUGUCUCCACCAUGCAAAUGCCAGGCACAAGAACCCGAGAUACUCCGCGGGCAAUCUCUGUGAAGCUACAUUUACCAAUCUCCAAAGCCAUUCGUCGCCCUCAGCGCAAGCAAGGCUUUGGGCAUCCACUCCUUUUGCGACCAGCGCCUUCUUUCGCUCAUUGCGCCCAUUCGCCGUUUGGCUUUCUGUUCUCUGCUCAAUUCAUUCUCCGCUGGGGCUCUGCCAUUGCUUAGAGCCCCUCUAUCCUGCCGAAUUUAUUACGACGAUUUCAAUACCUCUAUUUGUCUCAUCAGCACGCGCCCUCUUCCCAGACCACUGCACGACUCGACGCCAUGGGCGCAAACACGCGGAGCAAAGGCACUCAUACUUUCUUCAUGGUCUUCCUGCCCAUGUGCUUUUGGUGCGGCCAGGCCUGGUUUGGAAAAGGGUAAGGCUAGUCGCUCAUCUCACGGCGAAAUCGGGCCAUUGGAGGCUGACAGAGCGUAGUCUGGUGCACAUUCUGGCCCUCGGCGUCUUUUGGACCGGCUUCAUCAAGGAUUUCUACUCUCUGCCCCGACCGCUCUCUCCACCGCUGCAGCGCAUCACCAUGUCCGGGUCGGCUGCGCUCGAAUACGGCUUUCCUUCGACACAUAGCGCGAAUGCAGUAUCAGUCGCCGUCUACGGCCUCCUGCUUCUCAAGAGCCCGGAGAAUACGCUCCCGCCUACCAUGAAGCUGUUUCUGGAAUGUCUGUCCUACUUUUACGCCGCGUCAAUAGUCUUUGGCCGGCUGUACUGUGGUAUGCAUGGGUUUCUCGACGUCAUUGUUGGCUCCGUCACUGGUGUAGCCAUUGGCAUGCUAGAGUUUUAUUAUGGCCCAACGUUUGACGCCUUUAUGCAUUCAAGUUCCUGGAUUGCGCCUGCAAUUGCCUGCUUGGUCAUUGUCGUACUUGUGCGUAUUCAUCCAGAACCUGCCGAUGACUGUCCAUGCUUUGAUGACAGCGUUGCGUUUGCCGGUGUCGUCAUUGGCCUUGAAUUCGGAUCAUGGACCUAUGGCAAGAUCCCUUGGGAUCCCUGGGUAUCCAACGCCUACGCUGGAAACGGCACUGUCGAUGUCACUCCUCUCGGCUGGGGUCUGAACAUUGUUCGAAUUGUAUUUGGUGUACUCAUUGUCUUUGCCUGGCGCGAGACCAUGAAGCCUCUACUUCUCAAAGGCUUGCCUCAUCUAUUCCGCCUCAUUGAGUCCUGCGGAUUUACUCUGCCCCGUCGCUUCUUCACCCCUGCCAGCGAGUACAAGUCUGUGCCUCCUGGAUCCCGCCUCGAUACUCUUUUCCCUACCGCGUCUGAUUUUCCUCGCAUGGUUGCAGGCAUUCGCCAUCCAACUACGCGCGGCCGCUCUGUGUCUAUUGGCCCACAAAGCGCCGCGGACGCGUACGAGACGCUGGCAUAUCGCGAGCGUCAGCGCCGCGAGAGCGUCAGCAGCAAUAAAGGACUUAGGAACAAAUCUAGCAACUAUGAUAUCCUUGGCAAGUCGGAAGAUCAAGCAGGCAGAGCGUUAGCAUCCGGUGCACACAAGCCGCCUUCUGCAGAUUAUGAAAAGAUUAUUGCUGGUAAUGAAGCUGUCCUGGCCCCAGCGGACGAGCCCACGGAGCAACAGAGCCGAGCGGUCGAUGAAAAGGAAGUUUUUGCGCUGCUUGUCAAGCCGCGUGUAAGCACGUCGUCCUGUGUGACAGCGGACACUGAUAUGGAUUAG